CUGCCAGUGCUUCGGGGAAGAUAAGUGGAAAGAGGUGGUUUUUACAGUUGGGCAGACAGAACUUUGUGGAGCUGAGUGUGAGCUCCUCCCGUACAGCAGAACUGAAAAAGCCCGCUUAGGCUCCCCAGCCCCUCUUCAAGAUAUUUGAUUAGGAAUUUGGGGGCGGGCCCUGGCCUGGCACAGACUCGCACACUCUCCGUAGGCACUCACUCCUCUCUCUCUCCCUCUUCCUCUCUCUCACAUUCUCCAACCCAAGGAGGCCAGACAGAAGGACCAGGUCACUCUGAACGGUUCAACCCGAGAUUCAAAAUGCAGUGGGCCUCCAUCUUACUGCUGGCAGGGCUCUGCUCACUUACCCAGGGCCAGUAUGACGAAGACAAUCACUGGUGGAUCCAAUACCUCCGAAACCAGCAGUCCACCUACUACGACCCCUAUGACCCUUACCCCUACGAGCCCUCUGAGCCUUACCCCUACGGAGUGGAGGAAGGCCCCUCCUACGCCUACGGUGCACCUCCUCCGCCAGAGCCCCGUGACUGUCCCCAAGAGUGCGACUGCCCACCCAACUUCCCCACAGCCAUGUACUGUGACAACCGCAACCUCAAGUACCUGCCCUUUGUGCCCUCCCGUAUGAAGUAUGUCUACUUCCAGAACAACCAGAUCUCCGCCAUCCAGGAAGGCGUCUUUGACAACGCCACUGGGCUGCUCUGGAUUGCGCUCCAUGGCAACCAGAUUACCAGUGACAAGAUAGGCAGGAAAGUCUUCUCCAGGCUGAGGCAACUGGAGAGGCUGUACCUAGACCACAACAACCUGACCCGGAUGCCCGGCCCGCUGCCUCGAUCCCUGAGAGAGCUCCACCUGGACCACAACCAGAUCUCACGGGUCCCCAACAACGCUCUCGAGGGCCUGGAGAACCUCACCGCACUGUACCUCCACCACAACGAGAUCCAGGAAGUGGGAAGUUCCAUGAGGGGGCUCCGGUCCCUGAUCCUUCUAGAUCUGAGUUAUAACCACCUCCGAAGGGUGCCCGAUGGUCUGCCCUCAGCCCUGGAGCAGCUGUACCUAGAACACAACAACGUCUACACCGUCCCUGACAGCUACUUCCGGGGGUCCCCCAAGCUGUUGUACGUGCGGCUGUCUCACAACAGCCUCACCAACAACGGCCUGGCCACCAACACCUUCAAUUCCAGCAGCAUUCUCGAGCUGGACCUGUCCUACAACCAGCUGCAGAAGAUCCCCCCUGUCAACACCAACCUGGAGAACCUCUACCUCCAAGGCAACAGGAUCAAUGAGUUCUCCAUCAGCAGCUUCUGCACGGUGGUGGACGUCAUGAACUUCUCCAAGCUGCAGGUGCUGCGCCUGGAUGGGAACGAGAUCAAGCGCAGCGCCAUGCCCGUGGACGCGCCACUCUGCCUGCGCCUCGCCAGCCUCAUCGAGAUCUGAGGGGCCGCGCUCCAGGCUCCGCGCUCCGGGCUCCGGGCGCACGCCCCGCCGCCACCCCGCUGCAUUCGGCUUGAUGGUCUGGUUUGGCUUUUGCUGGAUGGUCUGGGACAAGCAUGUGACACAAGUCCACGGGUUUUUAGUCAGUCUCCUUCCAACGGGCAAAGUGAGGUGGGAUCGGGGACCCUGCCAGGUCCUGCAGAGAGGACAAAAGUGCUGGAGGACUAACCAUGGAGUCCAGCCCCCCAAUUCUUACUAUCACCCGACCUUCCCCAAGACCUGGUCCGGCAGAGCGUAACCGUGCGUAGACAGUAGCAUAGAACCAUUUUCAGACAAUCUGACUUCUGGGGCUGUGUUGCUUCUGCAGUUACUCUGGGCUCCUAUACAUUGCUCCUCAAAACACACCUCUUGUCCAAGCACCUCCUCCUCGGCCCACCUCGUCCACUCUGCCCUCUUUCACCGAGGCCUCUUCCAUGUCUUAGGCAGUCAGGAGACAC